AUUCUCUUUCUUGACCAGGCCCCGGAUUCGUAAAUCAAAACAUGUCAAACGCAGACGAAGAAGUGAAUCCUUAUGAACUUCUGAGCGUUACUACGGAGUCAACUGAGCAAGAAAUUCGAACUGCUUAUCGCCAACGGUCCCUCAAAGUUCAUCCAGAUCGAAAUCCUAAUAAUCCUGACGCCGCACGCAAAUUUCACGAGUUGAAUCAGGCAUAUGAACUCUUACUCGACCCACUACGACGCCUUGCUCUCGACGCAAAAUUACGUGCUAAACAAGCACGAGCUGAACGUUUCAAGAACUAUGAUAACAAGCGCAAGAAUCUCGUUCAAGAGUUGGAAGAGAGGGAACGAGCGUUCAAGAAAGCCAAAUCAGGGAAGAUGAAGGAUGAAGCCGUCCGAUCGGAGCAGGCGGAGAAGAUCAAAGAGGAAGGAAGAAGGUUACGGGAGGAGAAGCAGAAGCAGCUGAAAAAGGAAUUGGAGGCGAGAAAGCAGGAGAGUCAAACUGACGAAAUGGAAGCGCCAGAGCUAGAACCCACGGAUACUACCGUCAGAAUAAAAUACAACCUCGCCGAGCACCCAACGCUAACAAAUCCCGAAGCCAUUGCCGCCCUCUUCAAGUCAUUCGGAGAGACCGAUACAGAAACUAUCGUCGUCUCACUAAGACCUCCCAAAAAAGCACCCCAUAAACCUCCGAAAUAUGGAACUGCACUGGUUGUGUUUAAACGUAUCGCUGAUGCGUUUGCCGCCGUUUGCGCUAGUGGCAGGCUAGAGAGAGGAUUAAAUGCAAUCGAGGUUGGAUGGGUAGGUGGGAAGGAGCCUCAAAUACUAUCUUGGUUGAAAAAGAUGGGUGUUUUGGGAACACCAUUGUCAUCCGCAUCUACCAGUACCACUUCUACGACCCGGACAGAGGAGAUCAAGCCCGAUGCGCCAAAAGCUUCUCUACCUCAGAUGCAGACAACGUCAAGUACACCUGGAAAGUUCUCAUCAUUUCCGGAAAAUUUUCACAACUUUUCAUCGGCACCUCUGCCAGAGCAGAAGACAUCCGUUGCAGGACUUGAUUUUGAGUCAGUCACACUGAUGCGCAUGCGACAAGCAGAGAAGGAACGUUUGGAAAGAGAGAUAUUGGAACAAGAGGCUAUGGAAGAGGGAAAGUAGUUAGCCGGUCGAAGAUGUAAGUACGCUCGUACAUACCACAGGGGGAACAACCGAGAACGCGACGCGUGCUUAAUACCAAUACUUACUGUCCCUUGACCUUUUAACUUUUAACCCUCGUCGAACAAACGAGUCAUAAUGCAUAAACAUUUGCUGG